AUGCUGGGUGCGCUAAAAGCAACUACAAAGCAACGCUCGACAGCGACGGUGGUAAAGGCGCUUGGACUGAGGGAGAUGCUAGUUCACACGAUUCUAUCGGAUAUCCAUUUUCGUGAGGGGCGAAGUACUGGCGCUAUCAUUGAAGCUAAGUCAGCGCUCCGGAUUUGCUGGAAAAUGGCGAAAAGGUUCACUGCUGCAUCGUCGACUGUUGAAGCUGCGUACUUUGACCUGCCUUCUGAGUUAUCAGCAACCGACUGGCAACACCGAAAAUCGGCGCAUCUUUAUUUUAUGGCCCUAGAAAGCUCGUCAUGGGAUGUGUUGUAUGCUGCGAAGGUGUCGUUGUGUCGAAUAGCAUCCCUCUACUGCUAUUCAGACCAGCCUCACAGAGCUGCAUCGUAUUUGACUGAGGCGAUGCGGCUUGUGGGUGGAUUGAAUCUGCAUUUGUUUCGUCGAACCCCAUUUUACGAAUUCGCAGAAUUGGAGCUAAAUGCGAGUCACUUGGAAAAGGCAAAAACAGCAAUAUCGAUGUUGUCGUCGAAUUCGAGGAUGGAACCGUCCAGCGCGUUGGCAAUGGUCAAUGCUCGUUGUUGGCGGAAGUAUACACGCCAUCACAGCGAGAUCAUCGAUUUAUCUGACACAAGUGCAGUGGAAACACUGCUAAACUCGAUGAAAACACUUAAACGAACGUUGAAGCGCUGUGGUGCACGAUUGGAACGGGUUAAGUGCAUGCUGGAAUUAGGGCGCAUAAACAUCAAGCUGCUACGCUCGUCCUCAUGUCGGGCGUUUGCAAGUCUGGAGCGGACGAUCUCUUUACUAGAAGAAGCCUACUCGCUUGGCGACUGUCUUGGCAUUGCUCACUUAAGUCAAGAACUGCGGGCAACUUUGGGAAUGGCGUAUUUUGCUGAAAUCGAGGAAAGUGCCCACGGCGAUGCAGAUCGAAUGGACGGUGACAGAGCGCGGUUUCUUUCAUGGUCUAGCAGUGCACUGUUAGCGAAUAGUUGCAGCAGUACCGAAUGCGAAAUGGUCCACGAGCUACCCAGCUCCUGGGUCAUCGUGUCCUUGAUGAUGGGUCUGUCGUCUGAACUUACAAAUGGCACUGCCCCGAUCUCGUUUUGUCUGCCCAACGUUUCUUGGAAAUCGUGUAUAGACAAGAUGGAUGCCAUCGUCGAGAAGUCAAGGGAAAUCCUGUCGGGCCACACGGCCGAAGAGGCAGGCUCUUGGAGCACAAAGCAAAAAAAGGAGUGGUGGGAUACCCGUAAGCAACUUGACGAGCGCAUUCAGAAAUCAGUCCGUUCAAUGGAGAUGACGCUUGGAUUUUGGCGAUGCUUGCUCGUAAAAGGAACAAGCACACUUGAAACGCAGUGCGUUCAGCAGUGUUGGAGUUUGCUUACCUCGAGGAAAGUAUGCCCCGUCCUGCUGGCUGAGAGGAAUCAAAGCUUGCUAUGUGCAAUCGCUGAUGCGCAACAAUGGUUGUCGGACGGUGAAGUGGUGAACGGAUUAAAGCACAUUGCUGCAGAAAUUGAUGUGCCCCUAUCCGAUUCUGGGUUACAGGAAGCCCUUCAGACGGAUAAAAUCCAGAAGAUGAAAGUGAGCGAGCUGAAACAACUUCUCGCUGCUGAAGGACUUAGCACUGACGGUCUGAAAAAGGUGCUGGUUGAGCGGCUCAUAGCUGCGCGCGAUGCAGCACUUUUGGAGCCUUUGACCGAUCAAGCUGCGCGCGAUCAAGGCUUUUCGACUAUCUUGAUAUUGAAUCACCAGCUGCAGCAAUUUCCGUGGGAAGGAAUGGACAUCAUGGGAAGGAGCAGUGGCGUAACCCGAAUGCCUUCUCUCGAUCUGACCAUGCAGAACGCAAGAUACGUAAUGCAGUCACGAACGUCUAGCUACUCCUCGAUUCGACGGGAUCGCGUGCGCUUUCUUCUGAAUCCUGCUGGAGACCUCAAAGCGACACAAAAUCAGCUGGGGCCUGUUUUAGAAGGCGGAGUGACGACCUACGGAUGGGAAGGUAUUGUUGGGGAAGCUCCAGAUCCUGACAAACUGAGAAACUAUUUAUUGGCCGCCGAUCUGUAUAUUUAUUGUGGCCACGGCUCGGGCGAGGCGUACUUGCAUCGCGACCAAGUGCUCAGUCUGAAGUCCGGUUGCAGCGCCGCCCUGUUGUUUGGCUGCAGCAGCGGGCGACUCAAGCGAGAGGGUAUCUUCGGCCCGAGUGGCGCUGUGCUGGCUUACUUGCGAGCUGGCAGCCCGGCGGUGCUGGCGAUGCUCUGGGACGUCACGGACCGGGACAUCGACCAACUGAGCGUCAAGAUUCUGCGGGAGUGGCUUCUGAGCGAGGACGGCGACUCGAGCCCAUCGCUCGCACGAGUGCUGCAGGACUCGCGAAGCGUGUGCAAGCUCAAGUAUCUGAACGGCCACGCUGCCGUGUGCUAUGGCCUCCCACUGCACGUGGCAAAGAGCUGA